UCUCGAUGCUAGCGCGUGUCUUCUGUGCCGAGGAAACGGGAUUCUUUCAGUGUUUCUUUUUUAGUGAAAAGUGUAGUGAACUGAAGCAAAAAUUCAGGAAAGAUUGCCAAGUGAAGUGAAUGACUUUUUGCAAACCCGACGGAACGCCGGAGAAAAAAGAGAAGAAGAAGAAAAAGAAAAAGUGAAGAGAUCAUCGCAUGCCGCGAUUGCUUGCAGUUUGUUGUUGUGCGUUGAAUCACAAUUACUAAGCAGAAGCAGCAUCCGCCAACGAACACGAAGGAGAAAAUAUAUUAACAGAAGCAGCAGCAGCAGCACCAGCAGUCGAUGUGAAGAUCCGAAAGGAAUGGUUAAUGUGUGGCUUCGGCAGAGUUUGAUCGUUGCAUAAGUUGGGAAGAUAGUAAUAAUAAAAAAAGCAAACUUGAACCUCGCAGAACCGCCGAAGAGUGGAGCGGGUAGAGGGCUUAUGCUUAUGCAGAGGAAAAACAGCUACCACUCAUCAGCAGCAGCAGCAGCAGCACAACUCAUCAGUUCACGUUCGCGAAGAGGCGACGAAACAAAAACAAACUGAAUCUAUUGUAUUCGGCCGAACGGGGGUUCGUUGCAAAAACAAGCAGCAACAGCGAGCACGCCAAAGAUCUGCUUUGCAUUUUCGGCCACAUCCUACUUACCACUUCCUGCUAACGGACGCGGGCGGACGGGGAUCAAUCCGAUUGGCAGACAGGUGGUAUAGUGCGCGCAACGUGACUUCGAGGAUCGACGAGACUUGUUCAGCGAGACAGACGACGACGAUGAGCAUCAUGUGGAAGCAAACGACCGUACUGGUGGUGGUCGCCUUUGGCGCCUUCCUGUACAACAGUCAUCAAACGUACGGGCAAAUCUUCGGCUACGAAGCUGGCGUCGACUAUCCUGCCUACGAUAAGAUCCCGUCCGGGCUGACGUUCCGUUGUGCCGAUCGACAGCCGGGCUACUACGCGGACAUCGAAACGCGGUGCCAGGUGUGGCACUGGUGCCUACCGACCGGCUACAUGUUCUCCUUCCUCUGCCCCAACGGAACCGUCUUCAAUCAAGCUUAUCGCGUUUGCGAUUGGUGGACGAAUGUCAACUGUCCGGAGUCGGAAGCGAUGUACAGCAUCAACGACGAUCUGUACCGAGACAUUGAGGGCAAUCUGAUCAUUGGCUAGCAGACCGCGAGCGGGCUGGAACAUCAAAGACAUCCUAGGCAUGCUGUUACCGAUCUGUAAUCCGAUAGAUCCGCAGCAGCAGCGAAACCAUUCACUUAGCAGCAUUGUGAGAUUCCUGUCAGUUUUAUUUUCAUUAUUUUGUGUUUGUUUUACUUUUGUAAAUAUAAUUUAUAACUAU